AGGGGGGGUCCAGGGGCCUACUGCCCCCUGUCACGGGCAUAGAUUGAUCUGGUGAACUCCGUGAAAACUCCUCAGGCAAUCUGCUGCAUGAAGGGAUGAAGAUGUGCUGUCUGUGAAGCCUGCCUGCUGCUGCAAGGCACACGCCAGAAGUAUCAGCCGUGUGGCUCAGUGCUGUAACGUGAGGCUCUGUGUGCACACAGCUGAGUGAUGCUGGAUAAGAGCCGUGAGUAGCCAGACUGGAGAUUUGAUGAAGUGCUCCUAUGAUGGCUCUUUGCAGCCCGUGGAAUAGGGAAGCUGGUUACUUGAUCCUCUGCUUUACUCGAACCUCAUUGUUGCAGCUUUUAAUAUCUGAAUAUCCAGGCCUCCUAUAAAGGUGACUUUGAGGAAAGAAUGGUGGGACAAGAAUCAGCGUUCAGAGCUGGAAAUGGGCAACAAGCAAACCAUUUUCACUCCAGAGCAACUGGAUGCAUAUCAGGACUGCACAUUCUUUACAAGGAAAGAAAUUCUGAGACUGUUCUACAAAUACCGAGAUCUGGCCCCGCAGCUCGUCCCACUCGACUACACCAGCAGACCCAACGUGACUCUUCCCUAUGAGCUCAUUGGCAGCAUGCCAGAGCUGAAGGACAAUCCGUUCCGCCAGCGGAUAGCAGAGGUUUUCUCAGAGAGCGGAGAUGGCAAUAUGACUUUAGAUGAUUUUUUGGACAUGUUUUCUGUGCUGAGUGAGAUGGCUCCCAGAGACCUAAAAGCUUAUUAUGCUUUUAAAAUAUAUGAUUUUAACAAUGAUGAUUACAUAUGCAAAUCAGACUUGGAGAAAACUGUGAACAAAUUAACCCGCAAUGAACUCACCCCAGAAGAAGUUAGCCUUGCAUGUGAGAAGGUGAUUUAUGAAGCUGAUCUGGACAACGACGGAAAGCUUUCUUUGGAAGACUUUCAGCAUAUGAUAAUUCGAGCUCCAGAUUUCCUCAGCACAUUUCACAUUCGAAUCUGAACCUAGCAAAACACAAAGAUGAAAGUCCUUCUUCUUGAACAGUUUCUGGAAUGGAACCAGUCACAGAACUCUCUUAUUUACCUCUUUAAAAGGAAAAGCUCAUCUUUAUUGAAUUUUCCCUGUUAUUCCGCAAAAGGUGUGUUUCUAUAGAAUUGCCCAUUCCCACCUCCUUCCCUCACUAAAGCAAUGAUGUGCAAAAAAAAAACAACAACUAAGUUCAGGUACCACCAGGUAGGGGGUUGUAUGAAAUUACAGCUUCUUAAACAAAAAAAGAUCCUAUGAAAAUACCCUAUAGCCAUUAAAAACCCCACGUUGUUAUAGACUCAUGCUGCAUGCAGGAACCUCUGUACUGUUCCUACUGAACUACUCCUUUUCCUCUGAGACAAAGCUAGCUCUAGGUUUAGGAAAACAUAUUGCUGCCUCCAGAACUUGGUUUUCCUUAGAAAACACACGCUGGAAACGUGCUUAGCUCAAGUUCUGAGGUUCAUAGAAUGCCACCUACUUCAAAAAUAGAUUCAAAAACAUGAUGGUUAAUCUAAAUUGUGUAACCAACUCCUCUGAUGUCCUUUAACAGCCUUAACAAAUGAUUCAGUCAAUCAACUGGCCCAAGUAUUCUCCUAGCGUGUCACUGAUACAGGUUCUAAGAUGGAUAAAGAUUUAUUCAGAAUUUACAAUGAGAAGUCAGCUUAAACAACAAAAAAACAACAAAACCAGAUCCUAUCCCAUGUUCUUGGCACUCUUCCCUGUUUUUGUCAAUAGUUUUCCACAAAAGGAUCUCUAUGUUUUAAUGAUGUUUUAAUGAUGAACAAACUAAAUUUUUUAAGUUCUCUUUUCAUAAGAAGUUUAUUUAUGCAGUGCUCAGGGUCCUGUACAGAGUAAAAACAUACAUACUGUAAUAAACAACAGUUCUGUCUUUUAUACAAACAUCAAAAUCAAUGGGAAGUGUUUAAGAAAGCAGUGGUAACGUGGGAAAGGUGGCAGCCAAGAGUGGUCCUUCUAAACAUAGUUUACAGUUACUUAUGAAAAUAUUGGGAUAUGUUAAGUUCCCCUCAGAACGAAGUCAUGAGUCCCAGCUCACGCUCAGCUUAGAGCACAAUUCCAGCAGGGGCUGGAGAGCAGCAGCCUGCUGCACUUUGAUCAGCUUCAGAAGACAAAAACUCCAAGCAUCAGUGAAAGAAAUGGGUCAAAGAAUAAGGCAGCCUGAAAUAAUCAGACUGCACAUUACCAUUAAUGUUCAAUUGAACAGAUCUUUAUUUCAUCUAUAAAUGAAGACACACGUUAGUCAUCAUUCUUUCCCAACCCCUGUGAACUUCUAGCAGAAAUGGAGACCAUUCUUUCAGCAGUCAUUUGUCCAUUUCCUCUCCAGCAUAACCUCCAUCCAUUUCAUGUCCAAGAAAACAAGAAAUCCCGGCAGCUUUUGAGCAUGAGCAUCAGCCAAACCACCACCACAGCAAUAAAACCCCUUACAGUUGUCAGUAAGAUGAUUACUAUCCCACACGAAAGGAGACCAAAUAAUUCCCAGCAGCAGUAAUGAGACUUACAAUAAUCCAUAGGAUUUAUAAAUCUGAGGCUGAAAGUCUGAUGGUAGCACGAGGCUGUGAUGUCGUGGAACAUGAGAUGUGCCUAUCAGCACAGGAACUGGACAGGCAACGUCAGCACUGAAGCAGCAGUUCCAGCAUGCAUUGGCAAAUCAGCUGACAGGUCUGCACCCGAAAGGGUGAAAUCUAUCCAGCAUACUGCAACCAGCCUCAAAAGUAAGGUCAACCACAGAAUUCUAUGAUCCUCAUCAAAGUAAAGGAAUUUGAGAACAUGCUCAAAAAUGGGUUUGUUUCUCUACAAACCAAGUGUUAACUGAUUACCUGGCAUUCUAGUGGUAUUUAGACAUAGAAAAUGUGUGGCAAGCACACUCUCAGCUUUUCAGAUCUACUUAAAUUCCUGUUUUAUAGAUUCUGUAUCCAAUUUCAGAUUUAUUCUGUCUUAGUUAACGAAAGCUUACAUAUAAAUGCAUUCCUGUAUUCAGUGACCUUUUUUGAACAUUGUGUUUUUGUAAUAUUCGUGCUUAAGAAAACACAGUAAUUAAAUUACGUGAUGGAAAUACCAACUACAUGUUGUAUUUAUGCCAGAUUCGAUGUCAGUAUUUGGCAACACGUAGCCAAGCAGAAAUGCCACUGCGGUGUCUUUAAGCUUUCCCUGUCCUAUAUUUGCAUUCUAGGUUUCAUGUUGUUUACACUGAUUCAGUUUCUGCAUAGAGUCUGCAUACUGUAGGAGCACAGCGAUGACUGCAGGUCACAGUAACUGCACAAAACUUCCUGAGAUUGGGCAAUAACACAGCUGUUCACUGAGCAAAACCCAUCAGUUCAGAAAAGGAAAUCAUGCUGUAAGUUAUAGUAUACUGACACAGGCAACAGCCAGCGUAAGUUUGAACAAAGGUGUUCACAGACAAAAAGCUUUUAAUGCAAAAGGGUAACAUCAGAUUUAGCAAAUGGAGGCUGGCAAAUGAUUUGGUUUGUAAGUUAAUGUGAUAUUUCUUUCCUAUCUCAAGACAAACAAUUGGGAUGCUGCCGAUGGAUGGGCAAGACAUCAAACAAUUAAGAUGCUGUCAUGGUGGACAGCCUGGUGACAGCAAGGCAGACUUAGCACUGAUUUUCCCAGUCACUUCCUGAAGUAACUCUGGCUGCAACAUCUGGCUACAUUAAAAGAGGUGGCUAGAUGUGAGACAAUCCACGUGUACCACUAAGCCAGAAACAAAACUUGAAGCAGAUCUGAUUUGUGCAGGAGAACAGCAUUAGACCAUUCCUUAAGCACCUCAACUUGGCAUCAGUAAGUCCUUGAAGCAGUCUUUUUUCUUAAAAAAAAAAA